AUGACAUCUUCGAUUAAUCGUCAUCGUAUUGAUUCUGAAAUUGAAAAAUAUCGAAUCGAAUUAAAUUGGACGAAAAUACAAGAUAAAAUCAAGCAAAUAAAAAUAAACGAGUACACAAAGUUUCUGGACGGUGAAGCUCAGUUAGAACUAUAUUUACAACAACACUCCUUGAUCGAUGAUAAAAAUAUUCAACAAGCUAGAGAACAGUUGCGAACAGUUGAACGAACAUUAAAUGAAGCAAACAGUGAUAAAAAAAACCCAUUCGAUGUUCAAUGUCUCUUAUCAAAAUUAUUUUAUUCUCAAGCUCGCUACGAUGAUUGUAAUUCCUCCAUUGCUAAAGCCCUUAUCAAUGUGCCAAAAGAUACCAAAGACAAUCCAAAUAGAUCAUCACUUCUAUUAGCUGAGUUAUUUUCACUUAAAGGUCUACUAGUCGAGAAAACUGCACCAACAUUAGACAAAUCCACAUUGAAUGAGAUAAUUCAAUAUUUUGAGAACAGUGUUAAAUUAUCGCAGAAAUAUUACACAGAUGUUGAAAAAUCUCAUCAUUAUUCGUCAGAGAAUUUGGAUAUUGAAAAUCCUUUAAUUGAAUUAGCAUUUCAAAGAGUGCCAUUGUUGCAAGCAAAAAAUGGAAAUUUAUCAACAGCUAUCGAAAUAUUUCGUUCUUAUAUUCAAAAUGUACAUAUUAAAUCGUUAGAAACUAUGAGACAAACAUUGAUUAAACAAUUUGCUCAGUUAUUAAUUAAAUGUGUCUGUAAAGCAAAUUAUUCGCCAAUAAAACAAGAACAAAUGGGAGAUCAUAAACAUUCAAUGUAUAUUCCACGUGAUUCGAAUGAAGAAACAAUAUUAUUAUUAUUAUUAGCUGAAACAUCAGCUCUGAAUGAAGCUGUCUUAGAUUGGCAACCACAGUACGAAGAGCAACGCGAACGAUCACAUCAUCAAGCAUAUACGAUUCUUGCUCUAUUGGCUAUAUUUCUGGCAAGAAAACAAGCAUAUAAUCUCAUUGCAGAUCUAUUCAUAGGCACGAAUCGUCUAAAAAUACGAUUAGUUUGA